GACUCCUUCUCCGGUCGGAAGAUCUAUCCCGGCAAGGGUAAGCUCUACGUCCGUGGCGACAACAAGAUCUUCCGUUUCGCCAAUGGCAAGAGCGAGUCGCUGUUCCUCCAGCGCAAGAACCCCCGCCGCAUCGCUUGGACCAUCCUCUACCGGAAGCAGCACAAGAAGGGUAUCUCUGAGGAAGUCGCCAAGAAGCGCACUCGCCGCACCGUCAAGAGCCAGCGUGCCAUCGUUGGUGCUUCUCUUGAUGUGAUCAAGGAGCGCCGCGGCCAGCGCCCCGAGGCCCGCGCGGCCGCUCGCCAGGCCGCCAUUGCCGCUGGCAAGGAGAAGAGAACCGCUGCUGAGAGCAAGAAGAAG